UUUGUAAUGGAAUUGAUUCUACUAUUGACGCCACUAAAUUUCAUCUAAAUCCAUAUUGGAAAAUAGACGGAGCUCUAUAAGAGUGACACUCCUCAACUUAUUAAUGUAGUGAAUCAGAAACACUUUUGAUGAAUACUUAUUAACAAUUAAUUAAUAAGUUAGAAAUUUUGUUUCUUAUUUUAUAAGUUAACAACCCAACAUGCCAAGCUUCCAACCACACUGGCCAUAUUCAACAACUUUCUGCUAGGUGAAAUAUUUUCACAGGAUCCAUUAAGGGCCAGUGACAAAGCCCUAACAAGCUGUGGACCCUAUAAAAUGAAAGAAGAAGAUGCAAUGGUUUAUAGAAGACCCUAUCUUAUAUCUGGCUCCUCAGGUUUUGCAUUGAAUGCAAUUACCAGGACAUUGAAGAAAGACCUCAAGAGGUAUGUGGAGGAUAUGCAGACAAUACUUAAGGACGAAAGUUGUAACGUUCCAACGACGAUAUGUUGGGGUCAGAGGGAUCGUUGGUUGAGCUAUGAUGGAGUUGAAGAUUUUUGCAAAGAUUCCAACCAUACACUCAUUCAAGUUCCAAAGGCUGGACAUCAUGCACAAGAAGAUUGUGGUGAAGAACUUGGACAACUUAUUUAUGGAAUAAUAAGAAAAAAAAAAUUAAGGAUGAGAACAUUAAUUUAAUAUUUUUCAGUUAUACAAUCAUAUUAAUUUGCAGUCUCUAGAAUAUAAAGUAAUUCUUAUUGGAAUUGAGUACACUAAA